GUGCAACUUUUCAGUUGUUUGCAAAAAGUGAAACAGAUAACAUAGCAAAGCGGAAUAUUUUGCAAGCGUUUUGUUUUGAGCAAAGCGUAAAAUCAAAUCAUAAACAGCACAAUAAAGUGGAACUUAUUUAGCAGUUAUUAUGGCCCCUGCAACAGCCAUUAAUCCCGACCUAGUACAAGAACGUAAAAAUGCCACAAUAAAUAGUGAAGAAUUUGCCAUUUGGUGGGCCGGAGGCAGCAAUGAACUCUAUAAGAAGCGAGAAAUGGCUAAACUAUUUUAUGAAGAUCCACAAUUUGUGGAUCACCAACACAUUGCCAAUAUGUCGCAUAAGGAGCUUUAUGAGUAUACAACAGAAAAAGCUGUACGCUUUCUGCUCAAGCUGAGAGAGUACUUGAAAAAACAACAGCCAGAGGCGGCUCCCCUAACACCCAUUGAGGAAAUGUAUGAAUUGCGUGCCCUAAUGGGUGGUCCAUUGGGUUCUGGUCUGUUCCCAGCCAACUUUCCUCUACGCCUGCACUAUUCCAUGUUUCUGCCAACCCUUCUAAGGCAAGCCAGCGAUGAACAGUGUAAACUGUGGUUAGAAAAGGCAUGGAAUUUUGAUGGCAUUAUUGGUACCUAUGCCCAGACUGAACUUGGCCAUGGCACCUAUUUGAGGGGUCUUGAGACUAGAGCCGAUUAUGAUAUAGAAAAGCAAGAAUUUAUUCUCAACUCACCGACACUCACCUCAUACAAAUGGUGGCCGGGGGGUUUGGGUUUAACAGUGAAUAUGGUGGUGCUAAUGGCUCAGUUGUAUAUCAAGGGACGUUCAUAUGGUUUCCAACCAUUUUUGGUACGUAUACGAAAUGAAAAGACGCAUGAACCUGAACCAGGAGUGGAUGUAGGUGAUAUUGGUCCCCGCAUUGGUUUGAAUGGUGUCAAUAACGGUUAUUUGGGUUUGAAAAAUGUCCGCAUACCGUUAAAUCAAAUGUUAUCGCGCAACAAUCAAGUUUUACCAGAUGGUACAUUUGUUAAGGGUCCCGAACCACUGUUGCUGUACGGAACUAUGGUUUAUGUGCGUGUUAUGAUUGUACGUGAUGUUUCUGUGAAUCUUUUGCAGGCCGCUACGAUUGCAACGAGAUACUCUGCAGUGCGUCGUCAAGGUGUCGAAGCUGGCGGCCAGCAGGAAACACAAAUUAUUGAUUUCCUAACACAGCAACAAAAACUAUUUCCCCAGAUUGCCAAAGGUAUUUUCUAUCGUUUGGCAGCAGAUCGUGUUUGGGAUUUUUAUCGCGUUGUUAGCAAAGAACUGGAUAAGGGCAAUAAACGUAAUCUAGCCGAAUUGCAUGCAUUAUCAUGCUGCUUAAAAGCCAUCUGUUCCGAUGAAUCUGCCAAAGGUGUUGAAAUUUUGCGUAAAGCUUGUGGUGGCCAUGGUUUUAUGGCUUCGGCCAACUUUGGUAACUUGUAUGCCGCCGCAACAGCAGCCUGCACCUAUGAAGGUGAAAAUACGGUGCUUCUCUUACAGACGGCAAGAUUUUUGGUGAAAAAUUUUUUAGAUGGCCUAAAGCGUCUGGUCCUACCCAAAACUGUAACAUAUUUGCGUAUGAGUCCUCAAUUUAAAUGGUCCGGAAAAUUGGAAACUUUAGUAACAGUUUUGGAAAUCACCUCUAUGGAACGUGUUCGACACACUUUCUUCCUCAUGCAACGGAAUAAGAAAAAUCCCAAGCAGACAAAUCAUGCCGGUAUACAAUUGACCAAGGCAGCUGUUAUGCAUGGUCGUGCUUUCCUGGCGCGCAUGGCGUUGGAUAGUAUUCGUGAGCAAAUAAAGAAAGGAACUAUACCACCAGCCUUACGUGAAGUUAUGGAUCAGUUGCUGAACAUAUUCAUUAUGGAUUUAUUCCUCUCCAGUGUUGAUGAAAUUCUUUGCUUUAUUCCAUCGAUCAAAGGUAAACAAAUCCAUGAGGUGGAGGCACGUUACGAAAAGUACCUAUUGGCUUUUCGUCGCAAUGCCGUGGCUGUGGUGGAUGGCUUUGAUUAUCAUGAUCGUGAUUUAGCCUCAACUUUGGGCUGCUAUGAUGGACGAGUCUAUGAACGUUUGAUGGCAGAGGCUCGCAAGUGUGAGUUGAAUUCGGAGCCGGUUAACACUAAAUCUGCAGCAUAUUUGAAUAGACUCAUGAAAGCUAAGCUGUAAGGGAGGAAUUUGCUGAGGAUAGAUUUAAGACUUUGUUUUUGUGUUCAUAUAUUAUUAUAGGUUUAUUAAAAUUAUGACUAUCUUAUUAAAGUGACUGAGGGAUAUGGGUUCAU